UGACGAUUGACGAUUGGCGAGACUCGAGUGUAGACUGUGGAUGUCCGAAAUCGGAAUCCGAAGUCGGUGCGGUUUUAUUAGUAGAUUGUAAAAAAAAACUACUGUUUGUGAAUUAUUUAGGGCAUUCGUUGAUAAAACCUUUUAACAGUGUAUAUAAAAACGAUAAAAGUGAUUUAAUAUAGUGAAAAUAUUUUCAUAAACACAUUUUUUAUUCUUGUUCUUUUCGAAGAUUAAAUCAUAAAACAAGAAGGAUCCACAGUAUCCAAAUGUCAGCUAGGAUGCUGGAUUCAUGAUGAAGCUCCACCCCGGCUGGCACACGGGUCUUGAUGGCUACUUUAUGAUGUACCUGACGAAAUGGAAGAGGGCGGCUGUGCUCUUACUGUUCAUCUGGAUCGCUGUCACCUAUCUAGUCAUAUCGCCUCUAAGAUGCGACAGCAGUUCAGAGGAGUCGAUUGAUUUCCAGGAGAGGCUGAAGACGGCCUCUCUACAGCUGGAGCUUCUAAAACAACAGCACAGUAACCUAAUAUCACAAAUAAAGAAAUCCUCUGGAUUGAACGUUAAUCUAAACGAAAUAGAUGCAGCCGAGUUCCACAACGGAGGCGGUCCAUCCGAGGAGUACGAGAAUCUCAGGAGGAGAAUAUACUCUAAUACCAAGGAAAUAUGGUACUUCAUCAAUCACGAGCUGACGAAGCUCGUCAACGACGACGUCCAGCCGGAGAAGGUUCAAGCGAUUCUCGACCAAGUUGCAGACAGAAAGAGAUCACUGCUAUCAGAUCAAGAGAAACUCCCGAAACUCGAUGGUUACGAGGAUUGGAGGCGGUCUGAGGCGAGUGAGGUCAGUGACCUUGUUCAGAAGAGACUGAAAUACCUACAGAACCCACCAGACUGUAGGGACGCUAGGAAGGUCAUAUGCAACUUGAAUAAGGGUUGCGGGUUCGGCUGUCAGCUUCAUCACAUAGUAUACUGUCUGAUAUUCGCGUACGCUACCGAGAGGACUCUCAUACUGAACUCAAAGGGCUGGAGGUAUAAUAACAAGGGCUGGGAGUACGUGUUCCAUCCCAUAUCAGACACCUGCACCACGGCCUAUGACGAUAAGGUGGUGCCCUGGCCAGGUUCGAUCCUUACAGCGUCUUACGACGCGAAGGUGGUGUCUCUGCCGUUCAUCGACUCUGUGUCUCAGAAGCCCAAGUUCCUGCCACUGGCAGUACCCUCGGACCUGGCGCACAGGAUAGUCCGUUUCAACGGGGACCCGUCGUCAUGGUGGAUCGGUCAGAUGCUCAAGUACGUGCUGAAGCCCCGCGCCGCCAUGCAGAAAGCUAUCAACGAGACCAUAGCCAAGAUGAACUUCAAGAAUCCCAUAGUCGGUGUCCACAUCCGUCGCACAGACAAAGUCGGCACAGAGGCAGCCUUCCACCACAUAGACGAGUACAUGGUACACGUGAAGGAGUACUACAGGACCUUGGAGAUGACCAAACAUGUGGACAAGAAGAGGGUCUACCUCGCCACUGAUGACGCUAAUGUGCUACAAGACGCGAGGAACAAGUACAAGGAGUACGAGUUUCUAGGCGACCCGUCCAUAGCGAAGACCGCGGCCACUCACCGUCGCUACACCCCGCUAUCUCUCACCGGGCUGCUGGUAGACCUGCAUAUGCUGGCUAUGUGCGACUAUAUAGUGUGCACUUUCAGCAGUCAGGUGGGUCGCGUCGCCUACGAGAUGAUGCAGGCCAACAGACCUGAUGCAUCCGACAGUUUCCACUCACUGGACGACAUCUACUACUUCGGGGGUCAGAACGCUCACGACAGGAGGGCCCUCAUGAAUCACGAAGCCGCGGGGCAGGAGAUAAGCUUUCAGGCUGGUGACUUGAUCGGCAUCGCCGGCAACCACUGGAACGGCUUCGGGAGGGGGACAAACAAACGGACUAAUUUGAACGGCCUCAUACCAUGGUACAAGACCGCGGACCACCUCGUUCUGUACCCAUUCCCCGAAUACAAACACCUGCAGCCGGACACGCGACAGAAAGACUUAUAAUAUAAAACACCGGCGAUACGAGAACGUCACCGGUUGCAAUAGAGUUGAUUUUUGAAUGCGCUAGUUGGUUAGGCGCAACCGUCAGUUUGUACCGCACAGCUUCGAUCGUAUCGUGUUCGUUUUAGAGUUUAAAAUUGCAUUUAGCUUUAAAAUGUGAUAAUAAGUGCCAACACUUGGUACUGAAUAUUAUUCGAAUGGCCUUGGUAUUGUACGGACAUUUCCGGUUCGUAUAUUAAUUAGAGAAUUUAUUAUUCGAUAAAAAAAAAACAUGAUUUCUUUUCUCAAAAUAUAUACAAAAACAUGAGAUACAAGUAAGUAUAUAUAGAAAAUUCUCGAAAUGUAUGUUUUAUAUUUGUUAGAUUAUACUAUUACGUAUGUUUUCAAAUGUCACGUGUUUUAUUAUAUAUGAAAUAAAACCAGUUGAGAUUGUAUUAAUGCACGGUGAGGAGUUAUAUUUGUUAUAAUUUCAUCAAACGUACAUUCAUCUCGAUCGCAUCUCACAUGACUCCCUUUUGCUAUGUCGCAGUCGGGUAAACAUUAUCCCAGUUUCUGUGCCAUCAUGAUAUCACAUAAUUCUCUAUAUGUUCCAAACUUCUACAUUCCUAUCUCUUUUCCUAACAUCACUGGUCUGGUUUUUAUAAUUCAGUGUUGCUAUAUUAAAAAAAAAACUAUUUAACUUUAUGGAAAAAAAUAGUUGACAAAAUCAGUUAUAAUAUCUGUUUAUUUCUUCAUAAUAUUAUGUAUCUGAAUUGUUUUUAAUAAUAUGAGAAUACUCGAAUAAAAUUUUGUUUUGACCGUUUAAUGUAUGAUAAUGAAAAAAAAAAAAGGUUUUAUAUAAUUUAUUAUUUAUAUGUUUUUUAAUAUAAGGGUGAGGUCACACGUCUCAGUGGUUAUUUUACUUUAUGUACGGGUUUAAAAUAUGGGUAUGUAUUGACCCUUAUUUUAGCAAUGGGUAAUUUAGCAACUAAUGGUAAAUUAGUCCCAUACGAUCUGAUAUUAAUUUUUUUUUUGGGGAUUUUGUCACAAAUAUUAUAUUAUAGUGGAGUUAUUGUUGUUUUUUUUUUAUAAUGAUAUAGUUUGUUUUAAGUAUAGUAACUAUUCUAUAGUAAUUAUUUUACUGUCUUGUAUUUUUAUAUUAUAUAUAUAAUAUUGUAAUUGUAAUUAAAUCUCGUAUAUUUUUUUGUUAUCAAACACGAAUUAAUUGGUUUUUAUUCUAAAUUAGAAUAAUUUUCAUUUUAAUAAACAAAAAUCUUAAUUCCAUUUUAUACCAUUAUAUACAUAAUAUAAAUUGUACUCGAUCUUGUCUAUGUAUUUUUGUAUUAGUACAGUACGCGACACGGAUAUUUUCAAAUUUAUUAAAAGAACAUCUACAAACCCCCAUUCGAGAAGAUCUAUGUCGCUGGCUGUAAAUAUUACUAUAAGGCUGAGAGUGCACUAAAAUUGUUUAUUUGUUUUUGUGUCUGAAUAUUUUUUUAUGUAUCAAAACCUUAUAUAUCACUUUUUUUUUUAACUAUUCAUAUAAUUAUUGUAAUUUUUCUUAUUGUGUCUUGCACUCUCGACCUUGGUCUAACGUCAAUCAAUGUUUGUAUUCAACGCUUCGAAUUAUAUAAUAACUUUAUCAUGGACCUAAAUCAUGUGUAUAUAGCUUUAGUGUACAGAAAAAGAAAGUAAUAUAACUUUAAAUAAAACUUUUAAAUAUG